GAAAAUGCGGUGAAAUGUUCAUGAAUAGGUGAAAAAGGUGUUGUCAGUUUGUCACAAUACAAAUAAUAUGGCCUCAGUCGUAGAACCAACUGUAGGCUCUAACCACAGCCUCAUGAAACUCCACUUCAUGCAGUUUGCAGCAGGAGGUUGUGCAGGUUUUGUAGAGGUGUCUUUAAUGCACCCACUUGAUCUUGUUAAAACAAGAUUCCAGGUACAGAGAGGGCCAGAUGAUCCUAACCGCUACACCUCACUUGCAGACUGCUUCAAAAAAAUGUACAGAAAUGAAGGGGCAUUGUCAUUUUAUAAAGGCAUCUUACCUCCAUUGAUGGCAGAAACUCCUAAGAGGGCUGUAAAAUUCUUUACUUUUGAGAGAUAUAAAGACAUGUUUUCUUCUGUUAAGGCUUUACCUGAUUCCUCUAUUCUUUUUUUGGCAGGGUUAUGUUCUGGACUUACUGAGGGAGUCAUUAUAAAUCCAUUUGAAGUUGUGAAGGUUAAAUUACAAACUGAUAGACAUGCUUUUAAGGAGACAGGAAGCACACUUGCUACUGCAAGGGAGAUAAUAAAGACUGAUGGCUUUGGACGUCGAGGGUUAAACAAGGGCCUACCAGCCACCCUGGGUCGACAUGGCGUGUUCAAUAUGUUCUACUUUGGAUUUUAUCACAAUGUUCGAGAUUUAAUACCCCAGGCAGAGACACAUAGCCUGGAAAUAGGAAGAAAACUGUUGAUAGGUUUUGUAUCAGGGACACUUGCUUCAUGUAUUAACAUUCCAUUUGAUGUGGCUAAAAGCCGGAUUCAGGGACCACAACCUGUGCCUGGAGAGAUUAAGUACAGGACAUGUUUUGCAACUAUAGCUACAGUUUAUAGAGAAGAGGGGUAUCUAGCUUUAUAUAAGGGUCUUUUACCAAAAAUCCUGAGAUUAGGACCAGGAGGUGCCAUUAUGUUACUGGUCAAUGAAUAUGCCUUUAAGUGGAUGAAGGAGAAUCUGUGAUAAAAUAAUAAUUUACACCUAAGUUUUCUUUCUCAGUGAACUUUUUUCUACAAUUAAUCAGUGCCAAAGAUCUUUUAGAAUCUGACAAAUAAGUUUUUUAUACUCUCUUGCUUUUCAGAAAAGAAGAGCUUUACAUAUUUUUGUACAUAUAAAGCAAAGUAAAAGGUUAUUGCAAGUAAAAUUCCAAAGAGACAAGUUCUUUUUUCUUAUUAUUUAAAUAAAUUAGAAUAUAAUUAUUUUGUAUUCACACAUGUACACAC